AUGGGCAGCAUUCGAAGGCACAAGAAUGCAAUGAGCGCCCUUUUGGCCGAAUUCUACGACAAGCCCAACAACAAUCUCGAGUUUGACGAAUUCGAUGAUUACAUUGUCAACAAAAAGCGUCGCGAGGAUGAAGGCAGCGCGGGGGGAAUGUGCCAAAGUGUGGUGCGUUAUGCUCGGCCACAAAAGGCCAAAGCCGCCUCUGGAGAAUGGAAAUACAUUGUGAAUACGGGUCAGCAUACUCAAACAUUACGUCUGGAGAAAUGCAGCAAUCCUGGCGAUAGCUGCUCAUAUCUGGCUCAAACUUAUCGCUCGCAUUGCGCUCAGGUGUACAACUAUCAUCGCUUGCUCAGUUGGGACAAGGUGCGUGGACUGCAUGUGGAUAUCUUCAAGGUGCCCACUUGCUGUUCCUGCCAGGUAGAUGGUUAUCGCCAGCAAUUUCCACCACUUGCCUCCAUACAGUCCAAGGACUAUUCACCGGGUAGCUAUAAGGUGGAAAAUGGCAACAGCAAUGGCUAUAGCACAAUUAAUGAAGAGGAUCUCGACUACAAUGAUGAGAGUGAUGAGGAUGAGCUGGGCUCAAGUUAUUCCCCCUACAACAGUCGCGAUACCAACGAGUUGAGCUAUUUGGGCAGCAAGAAGGUGCGUUCCAAGUUGCCAGCACCUUCCAGUGUUGGCCCAUAUCUGAGUCCGCCCGAUGAUGAGGAACAGUUUGGUGGCUAUAAGAGCCACAAGAGCAGCAGCAGUCCCACGUACAGUUCCAGCUCCAGCUCGAAAAAGUAUUACAGCCAGUUGAGCCGCCGGCGGCCGCAGCAGAAUGAGCCACGUGUGGAUGUCGCUUUGGAUCUAUCGCCGAGUGAGACACAGGCCGAACAAGAGGUAAACGUAUUUGGCCCACCGCUGGCUGGGGAACAGCCUCAACAGCGCGUGUCUCUCAAGCGCAAGCGUGCAGCCACAAUCGGCGUCAGUAUCAGUGCUGCCACCCAUGCCCACCAAGAAGCAGCUGUUCCAUCCGGCACAAUUGCGUCAUCUAACAUUGCCGUCGGCCAGGGUCAACAUACACGAUACUACACAGGCGGCAAGUCGAGACCUAGGUACUAUGCGCCCAUCACGACGACGACCGUUGCCGCUGCCCCAACGAUCCCCGCCAGCGCAGCGACGCCUCUACCGACCACAUUCUAUCAGCAGAAGCAACAACAACAGUCGACGGCAUUUCCACAACCGUCACAUGUGAACAGCAUCUACGGAAAUGGCAAUGGCAACGGGAUUGGGAAUGGGAAUGGGAAUGGAACUCGACGCAUCAACUACAGCUAUCAUCCCAUCAUUGAUUUCUUUGAGAAGAACAGACGCGCCGAGGCAGCAGCUGCGGUGACUUCAACACAAGCCACACACGACACCGACACCGACACCGACAACGACUACGUGGUGGAGGAGGAGUCACGGCUGGUGGAGCAACGUUAUCCACAUAGGACACCAGCAGCUGCUGUGGGCAUGGGCGUCUACCAACAUGCGAUACCAACUCCACACGAGCGUAGAAUUGGCUUUGGUGCUGGUGGAGCUGGUGGUGCUGCUGGUGGUGGUGGUGUUGCUGGUGGUGGUAUUGGUGGUGCUGCAAGCUAUGGCUUUGCCAAUGACAAUGCCUGGCAGCCGCUGGUUGUGGAUCACUAACAAUAAGUCGCAUGUAACCACCUUCGAUUCCAAUCUCCAUCUCAAAUUCCCUCCCCUCAUAACAAUGUCGCUCAUUUCGUAUUAACAGCGUCAAUUGUUGUUUUCGUUGUGGUCUCUUCUGAUGCUUUAGUUUAUAGUUUAUGCCGACUUCCUGUUUUGCCGUCCUAGCUGCUAGGAACUAAAAUCCUAUAAUUCUCUAGUUAUUGCAACUGAAUGACGUAAUUGCCUAAACGCAGCUAACUUAAUGUUUAACAGCAUCUAAUUGAUUACUUAUUUAUUUAUUUAUUUAUUUACUUGUAGUGUGUAGAAAAAGAAAGCAACACAUUUGGGGUUGUUUAA